AUGGUCCCAUUAUUUUUUGCACAUAAACGGCGUAAUUACGCGCCAUUAGGUGCUAGACAUAUUGUGGAUUUGCAACGUGCGUCUCCAUGCCUGUUAAAGUAUUGCGCCACAUCAUUUUCCGUUCAACAUACACAGAGACCAUUCUCAGCUAUUGCUGUUGAUCAAACGAUCAAAUGUACAAUAAAUAAAUACGGAAAAGGACGUGGUGGAACAACUGAUCAUUUCAAUAUGCAUUUAAUCGAUAAAUGGACUCAGUCGUUUGCAUUUCGAUCAUUGUUGUCUAACAUUACGUCCGAAAUUUGCGGUUACGAAACAGAAUCAAAUAACAUAGACAGUCAUCUUGGAUGUUCACCGAAUCGUAUUGUUGUUGAUCAAAAUGAUUUGCUACUAAUUUUAUCGAAAUUAAAACCUGAAAACUUUCAUUUUCAUUAG